AUGAUCGUGGUCGGCCUCGGUGGUGUUACAGCAUCGUCAGCCUCGUCCUCUUCACCACGCGAUCUUGAACUCCGCACCAAGUGUGAUAUUAUUUCUCACUCUACAACCUUCCACUUUGACAACUCUCACAGGCACAAGUUAUCAAAGUCAUCAGUCGUUGUUCAGUAUUACCUUUCAGCGUCAGAUCUCUUAAACACAGGUAGACGCUUUGAUUUCUGGAGUGUCUAUAGUCACCCGUAUCGUUAGUGGUACAAACUUUGACUUCGCACCGCGUUAUUCAUCUCACGGCUCAGAUGGCACACGCCUCACAAGAAGAAAUCCAAGAUCAUCAAUGGAUGACGCAAAGCAGCAAUCAGGAACUUGGCAGCCAAGAACUUCUCAAGGCUCCAGCAAUUCCGGGUGAUCUCGACGCCUGUGAUCAGCAGAAUUCAGUCGCCUCUUUAUCGGAAUUGAUGAGCGAGUGCGAAACUUGCCAAAACAUUUGGCGUUGUUUUUCACAGCCCGAUUCGGCAGAUCCGGUCAAUCUGGGCUAUAUUGCGGAGGCUCUCGCCACACAGUGCCGUACACAUAAACCCUUGGUACAAGCUUUUGUUGACCAUUUGCGCUCAUACCCAAAGCGUCCAAGGCAAGAAAGAGGUGACCUUGGCAUCGGCUCUGGAGGUUUAGGGAGCAGCGUCAAGAUUGUAGAGUCGAUCUCAAUCGGGGGUUUUUGCUGGAAUCUGUUGCUAGUGAGGAAGGAGUCCGUACCGGGCCAUCCUGGUAUUGGUCGAAUUCUGAACCCUGGUUGGCUUGAUGUAGAAAUGCUGAAUCGGUGGAAAAAGCAGUGUCUUUCAACACAUGGUGCGAAAUGCGAGAAUCCGUGGAAGAUUUGGCCGAAAAGGCCCGCAUUUUUGAUCGACGUGAAGACCAAGUGCCUUGUCGCGGGUUGUGUCUCUGGCGCUUUUGUGGCACUAAGUUAUAGGUACGGGAGAUCGCCUGUUCCUACAAUUGACGCCGUGAUGCUCGAAAGGCUGCAGGAGCCAUAUGCUCUGGAUGCGCCGGAGUUUGAAGAAUUUUUGUCGCCAGUAAUCCGACAUGCCAUGUUCCUGACCUCGGUCAUAAGCGAGCGGUAUCUCUGGGCAGAUGCACUCUGUAUCACUCACGCAAACCAGGAACUCAGAGCUGAGGAACUGAACAUGAUGGGCGCUAUCUACGGUAACGCAGUCGUCACAAUUGUUGCUGCAGAUGGCGACGCACAAGAUGGGCUUCGUGGUCUGGAUGGUGCUUCUCAAUCCAGAGACAUGAACCAACGCAUUAUUCUCUUCGGUAGUGAGCAACUUAUUGUGAGGAAUACAGGUGUUUUCGGUUUAUCGGAGGGAGGCGAUUAUCUUAGCCGAGGUUGGACGUUUCAGGAGCAUCGUCUGUCGAGAAGAAAGAUGAUGUUCAGGAAAAAAGAGCUGCACUAG